UCUUUCACCACCUCUCUUUUAUCAAUUGAAUCCACCAUCUAUCUACAAGCAACAAUGGUGGCAGAAACAAGGACAAUGUCUCGAUCAUUGACGUUCUUCUUCUUCCUCCUCUUAUCCGUAUCCGUGACGGCCACACUAAGAAACCUCUCGCGGGCAGCUGAAAACAAAGGAGUAUGGUGUGUGGCGAGUGAGAAAGCGACAGAUGAGCAGCUACAGUCAGAUAUAGACUGGUUGUGCAGCGACGAGGGAGGAUUCCGUGAUUGUACACCGAUCAGUCCUGGUGGAGUUUGCUAUGAACCAAAUACGCUAAGAGACCACGCGUCGUAUGUAAUGAACUCGUACUAUCAGGAACUUGGUAGAACCAAAGCACAAUGCACUUUCAGCGGUACUGGCACUACAGUUCAUACAGACCCAAGCCAUGGCGCCUGCGUAUACGUAUCUUAUUAAUAUAUCCAUGCAUGUGUAUGGAACUUGUUAGCUCGAAGCCCCGAAUAAGUUGAAAAUGAUAUACAUCAAAUUUAAUUUAUUUUUUUUUUGAAUAAAAUGUAAAAUUUAUUCGAAAAAAUCGUUUUUACAUCAAA